UUCCGGGGAGAGGUUCCGCGCGCUGUGGAGGAGGUGGCCAGGUUGGCUUUACUAGGAGCUCCAGGUGUAGCCCGUUUGGAAUAGAUAUGAGUGAUUUGAGUGAUGAAUUGACAAGACCUGUGACAGAAGAUGAACAAGUGGAAACUUCUGUGAUCUCUCAUACAGGAAUGCAUUUUCCUUGGAUUCAAAAGCAAUUAGCAACUGUAGUGACUGGAGGGAAAAAGGAGAAGGAUUUUACUCAGACAACAAGUGCUUGCUUAAGUUUUAUCCAAGAAGCUCUGCUGAAGCACCAAUGGCAGCAAGCUGCAGAAUACAUGCACAGUUAUUUGCAGAUCUUGGAAGAUUCAGACAGCUCCAAAAAACAAGCUGCACCUGAGAUUAUUUGGAAGCUUGGAAGUGAAAUUCUAUUUUAUCACCCCAAAAGCAACGUGGAGACUUUUAAUACCUUUGCUGACCGAAUGAAAAAUAUUGGUGUCUUGAACUAUUUAAAGAUCUCCUUACAACAUGCAUUGUACCUUCUACAUCAUGGAAUGCUUGAGGAUGCAAACAGAAAUCUAAGUCAGGCAGAGACAUGGAGAUACGGUGAGAAGUCGUCUUCCCAGGAAAUACUAAUCAAUCUUGUUCAGGCCUACAAAGAGCUUUUGCAAUAUUAUACUUGGUCUCAAAAGAAGAUGGAAUUGUCAAUGCUUGGUGAGUAACUAUAAAUAAACUUUUCUUCUGAUAAAGACAAAGAAGGGCAGAAGGGAUCUUAAGGAGUCAUC